UAACAUUAAACAUAUCCCAAUUAUCCCUAAAACUCAUCACAUCUCUGUCGGGGAUAUAUGACAGCAGGUUUUCUCACCUGUGAGUAUCAUCCAGCUCAUUUCAAGAGGCUAUCUAAAGAACCGUUUUUCUGGUCUCGUGUGUGUGUUUAAUCUCCCUGAAGAGAAAGGAAUGAACGGUUAAACUGGGUCUGCAAGGCGAGUCUAAAAGAAGAGCAUCAAUGGACUGAAACACUGCACUUUCUGCUUCUAGUGAAAAGUGCCUCAAGCAAAGGUUGGGAGAUGUGUGAAGGAGUGUGACGGACGGCCAUGGGACUGGAGAGACAGUGGCUUCAGGCUGUCACCACUGCUGUAGCCAUUUGUCUGCUAAGUGUGUCUCAAGUUACAGCUUCGUUGGUUCGUGCCAGAGAGGGGAGCUCUGCAGAGUUAAGCUGUAGUCUCACUCCUACAUCCAGGGAAGCCACCACGACAAGCCUCUUUCCACUACAUGUGGUGGAGUGGGUGCGCCUCGGUUACAACGUUCCCGUCCUCAUCAAAUUUGGAGUGUAUGCUCCUCGUGUUCAUCCCAACUACAAGGGCCGUGUGUCUCUGACCCGGGGUGCGUCUCUGCUGAUAGAACGGCUGACCCUGGAGGACGAGGGCUGGUUCGAAUGCCGCAUCCUGCUCCUGGAGAGCAAAACUGACGACUUUCAAAAUGGCACAUGGACCUUCCUCUCCAUCACAGCUCCACCUGUGUUUAUUAAGACACCACCAACUUUUGUGGAGGUUCUGCUCGGAGACAGUCUGACUCUCAGCUGUGGAGCCCAUGGCAACCCUCGACCAACUGUUGUCUGGCAUAAAGAUGAGAGCCCAAUUGAGAAACAUGAAAAAAUAAAAGUGCUCAAUGGUACCUUGUCUUUGGCCUCUGUCACGCGAAAUAUUUCUGGAGUGUAUAAAUGUCACGUGUCCAACUCAGAGGGGAACUUGACCCACUAUACGCAGCUGCAGGUCAAAGGUCCUCCAAUCAUCAUCAUUUCCCCAGAGGACACCACUCUCAACAUGUCCCAGGAUGCAGUUCUGCAGUGCCAGGCUGAUGCCUACCCGUCAAACCUCACAUACGAAUGGUUGAAACAAGGACAGAAUGUUUACCAUAUUGAAUCACUUAAGUCCCGAGUGAAGGUUUUGGUGGAUGGAACACUUCUUAUCCCUAAUCUCAUCCCAGAAGAUGCUGGCAACUACACCUGCAUCCCAACUAAUGGGUUACUGAGCCCACCCUCAGCCUCUGCUCAUCUGAAAGUGAAACAUCCUGCACGUGUAGGCCGAAUGCCGCGGGAAACAUAUUUGCCUGUAGGCAUGGAGGGGGUCAUCGUCUGCCCAGUCCAGGCUGAUCCACCUGUCUUGUACGUCAACUGGACCAAAGACGGGAACAUUUUAAAUCCUGAUAAUUACCCAGGUUGGAUGGUGAACUCUGAGGGCUCAGUAUUUAUAGCAACAGCCAAUGACAAUGCUGUGGGUAUGUACACCUGUACGCCUUAUAACAGCUAUGGCACCAUGGGCCAAUCUCAACCCACCCAAGUCAUUUUAAAGGACCCGCCAUCGUUUCGCGUGCCCCCUCGGCCUGAGUAUUUCCAGGAGGUGGGCCGAGAGUUGAUCAUCCCUUGUGAAGCCAGUGGAGACCCUGCUCCAAACAUAACGUGGAGCAAGAUUGGCGCUACUCCGCGCUCCCCGUACACUGUGUUGGCUAACGGCUCCCUCCUGCUGCAGCCAGUUAGUAAAGAUCACCACGGGGGUUGGGAGUGCUUGGCCACUAAUCGUGUAGCGACUGUCAGUGCAGGCACUGUGGUCAUGGUGCUGGGCACCAGCCCUCAUGCUGUGUCCUCAGUGUCUGUCACCACAGAGAUGAACCAGGCAAACGUGUCCUGGGUGCCUGGCUUUGAUGGUGGAUUUACCCAGAAAUUCACCGUGUGGGUCAAGCAGGCAUCCAGGGGGAAACAUGAAUGGGCGUCUUUGCCUGUGCCAACAUCUAAAAACUACCUGCUUGUGACUGGGCUGCUUCCCGGCACUGGCUAUCAGUUCAGUGUCCUACCUCAGAAUAAGCUCGGCUCUGGUCCUUUUAGUGAAAUUAUAACUGUGCGAACUCAAGCUGUGCCAACAGAAGCACCUACAGCUGUCACCACUCUCCCAAUUCUGGAUCCUCCCUUAUUCCUGUCAGCCAACAGGACUGAGCAAGGUGUUCUCCUGCAGUGGUUUCCUCCCGAAGCUCCGUUUUCUCCACUGACGGGUUAUGUGCUGCAGGCCCGCAGGGAUCAGGGGCAGUGGGUCAUCCUCAGCAGCAACAUCAGUGCCAAUCAGAGUGAACUACUUGUUCAAGGACUGCUGAGGGAUUCCAAUUAUGAUCUGAGGCUAAUGUCUCGCUGCAACAAAGUUCUCAGUGAGCCGAGUGAAUCUGUCAAUGUAUCCACCGUAGGGAUGGAAAUUUACCCCUUGCGCCCAAGUUUCUUGGAGGUCAUCCCUGAGCCGCUGUUGGCUGGUGUGUUGGGUGGAGUGUGCUUCCUGUUUGUGGCCAUUGUUCUCUCUUUGGUGACAGCAUGCUACAUGAGUCACAGGAGACAACGUCGGCGCAGGAAAAGAAGACAAGAUCUGCCAUCUGCCCUCCAGAAGAGCACAUCUCAAGAACCUCACUCACCACCUCGUAGCCCAGACAGUGUCCUGAAGUUGAAGCUGUGUCCACCACUUCCCUUCUUUCCCAACUCGUCCUGUUCACAGUCUGAUCGGUCCUCAUUUGAUAAAGGGAGCCGUGGGGAAUACCAUGACCAGCGAAAGCAGCUCUUGUCCAAUUCAUCUCCUCCACCUCAUUACACACUCUUUGAGAGCCACCUGGGUUCUCAGGGGUCCUCACCAACUGCUCUGGAGUCCAUUUCCAGAGGCCCAGAUGGACGCUUCAUAGUCCAGCCACUGCCAGAGGGUUCUAGUCCAUCAAAUAAAAAAAAUUUGAAGAAGAAUGUCCUGCAAAGUAAUGGUGGGGCAAGUGGCUCAGGAAGCAACAGGACAUCAUUCAGGGACUCUCCGAAGUCAAGCAUUUUAAGCUCAGAAAAGGAUGAGAGGAAGGAUUCCCCUCUCACUGUGGACGUCCCAGCGCUGAGCAGGCCUCUGUCCUCCCCUGGAAGAGUACGGGCCAUGGCCAGAAAUUUCUCCCGUCAUGGCUGCUUUUAUUCUGAUGACGAACAAAGCUCAGAGGCUCUUUUAGAAAGAGCUAGCUUUUAUUCAGACAACAGUGAGAAGAAACCUAGUGAUCCUCUGAGGAGGUAUCGCAUGACAGGACACACUGAAGACCUCCUGCCAUCUUUGGGUAGGAGGACAAAGCUUCUGGAUAGAGACGCAGACAGGCUCCAGCCUUCAGGCUAUCACCUUAUGGAGAGUCAGUUGACUAAUAACAGCACCCUAGUCUCACAACUUGACAGUGAGCUGGAGAGGGAUAGCAUUAACAAGUGUGUCCAACUGGCAAAAGAGAGGGAAGAAAUGGAGAGGGAGUUAAAGAGCUAUACAGCCAAUCAAAGAAGUUGGAGAAGAAAUGAGCAUCAGACUAAUAAAACAGAAAGCCCUCAGAGGGAUGAGCCUGAGUCAGAGGAAGAGCCUAUAUGGAAGCCACAAGAUGUUAGUAUCAGACAGAAACAUAGGCCCUCGGGUCAGACAAGUCGGAUAUCUGAUUAUAGGAGAGCGUGCUACUUUGGCAACACAAGCAGUCCCAUGAACCGGCUCCCCACAUCUCACAUUCAAUGGGACAUUAGCCCUGUAACAUCUGUCACCAGCCUUAUUCCCGUGCAGACUCCUCAGGAGACGCCCAGGUCACAGCGUCCUCGCCUCUGUAGAGAAACCAUGGAGGACUCACUUGCUGUUGAUUCAUCACGGUCUCCGGCCACCCAGAGCACCUCUGUCCCCAUGGUCUCCCCUGACGUUACCUCUGAAACCCCUGCUUUAUGUGUAGAUGAACCAGAUCGAGCCCAGUCAUUGAGUCAUCAGGGAGAUCCAAAUAUAUGCAUGAAGUCCAUCAAUGAGCAGGACAUAAGGGAAAAGACUCAGGACGAAAGUGUUGCUGCACGAAGGUCAAGGCAUUCAUAUGCUUAUGGAGGCCCUCAUCCCUGGGAGUCAGCUUCCAAAAGUCCUUCAUUAACCAGUGAGCGGCCUGAAUGUUCUGCUUCCUCACCACAUAAUCAACCUGAGAGACCUGCAGAAGUAGGCUGCACAGCCACAAGGGAUGCCAGUCCCUGUAGUUACUCUACUCUACCUUGUGAACAUUACAAAGUGGAUCCAAAGGCUAAAGACAGAGAGACUUUUGUCCAGGAUGACCAGCGAAGUUCAGGACUUUACUCUGAGUUGGAGAAAGAAGGCAUCCGAGCACGGUCCAGGAAGAGCGACAGAUGCCUUUUCUCUGACAGCCCUAGCCCUAUAUCAUCCUUAACUCUCGUGGAAGAGGUUGAGAGUGACCAGUCUCAAUUUUCUGUCCCCAGGAUGUCAGACUCCUUCAAGGCCAAGCCUGCAGCCCCAUCUCCUAAAAUGUCCCCACUCCAGACAAGUGCAAUUCUCGAAUAUCUGAGCCUUCCCGGUUUUAUUGAAAUGAGCGUGGAUGAGCCUGUGGAAGAAGUCACAGACACUGCCGGGGAAAGCUCAGAAAAAUCAGUGGUGGCUAAACCUGAUGUAGUUCCUAAAAAUUGGGAGGUUCAUGUUCAGGAAAACCGUGAAAGUGGCUCAAACCAAGAGGAGGUGGUUUGCUUUAAGCAAACUCAUUCUGCAGGCACUGCUGAGACCAGCUUUGGAACUAGUAAAAAACAGGAUUAUGGACGUUCCCACCAUGUGGAAGCUAGAGUAAGAUUUCCUGAUGACCCGAGACCAUCCUCACCUGGUCCAGAAAAAACAAGCAAGCAGCUCUAUGAUGAGAAAACAAAGAUUCGGGUUGGGAAUAAAAGCACAGACAGGCCUGAAUCCAGACUUGGAUCCAGGUCAGCUCACACUUUGUUCAGUGCAGCUAAAGGCAUGGCAGAUAUAGUAUCAAAACACUCACAGAGUUUUGUAGACAGUAGUGAGUCUUUAUCAGAGCAAUCCCAAAGACAAGCUUCUCAGGGCAGCAGGACUAAUAACAUUGUAUCACGAAUAACUCAAGCCCCUGUGCCAUUUCUAAAGAAAUCCUUAAGCAUAGGUCCCUGCAGGACUCUCUCAGGCAUGGGACAGCCUCGUCCUUUUCUAAAGAAAUCUAUCAGCCUGGGCCCCCAGAGGUGGGAACAUUUCGAGAGCCCAAGGACUUAUAUUUCUGAGAGAUGCUACUGGGACGAAAUCCCAAACCCAGACGUCAGGGUGAAGUCCUACAGUUUGGGUCGCACACCGCCUUCCCUCCCCAGGCCAGGCCCUUCCUGGAGGGAGUAUGUCCCAUUCAGGCGUCCCAGCAUGGGCAGCUUAGAGAGGCCUCAUCACGCACAAAGAUCGUUAACUAGUCCUUCCUACCUCACUCCUGCUUUGUACCCACCCAGACAAACCUCAGUCUCCCCAAUGAUGGAACCCUCCGAUCCACGACGGCAAGCCACUGUUUUCCCAGAAUCCUCCAGAUGGUCCCCGACUUAUCCUGAAACUCUGAGGGCAGCCCAACAUAAAUAUGUCCCCAUGCCCUCCUCUAUUCCCAUCCCCCAGUAUCAGCACCAGCACUGGGCAGGAUCCAGAGGGGAAGGUUUGAAACUCAUGGACUCCAGGAGAGGUCCUCCAAGGUCCUACCUGCCCAGGGGCAUUAGCUGGCCCUCACCUUACUACGCCCCCUUCCCACCACGAGAAGGAGAGAGCUACAGGCAGCCUGACAGGAUGAUGGGGAGGGGAGGAGAGACUGAGAUCCGGGAAGGCAGAGAGAUCAGGGAGGGGGGCAGGGCCAGUUAUGCCAGUCAGAGCAGUGGUAGAGGUAGUGCUGGACUCUUCCGACAGUCCCUGUCCAUCACUCCCACGCUGCUCAGCUCCCCAGAAACCACAGAGGAAAAUGAGCGGCACAGAGUUGACAUGGAUCUGCCUGAGAGGAGAGCGAAAAGAAGGAACACGUCAGUAGAUGAGAGUUAUGAGUGGGACUCUGCUGAUGCCUGCGUGGACUCGGAGGUCCUGGAGGCCACAAAGUUUGAUCAGUCAAAAGCAGGUUUACGGAGAGGGAAGGGGGGUCUUAGAUAUGAACAAGCUGGUGGCCUCCAGGAUCAGCGGCACAAAGGCCCGUCUCCCUCAGUCAGCCCGCCAGUUUUCAGUCCACCUCGCUGCCAGUUCAGCCGCUCUCUAAGUGAAGCACGUUUCAACGCUCUGCGCCUGGAGUACCAAGAGUACAGGCGGGCUCAGGAAUCCAUCUGUUCCCUUGAGCCCUGCGUCACCCCUGGCCACGAUUCAGACUCUGACUCCAACUCAGCGCUGCUCUAGCAGCUUAACUCGGUACUUCUAAGAGAGAUACCAAAUAGCAGUUUUAAUGAAUAAACGACAGCACUGUGGUCCCGGACACGGUCACACCUCACUGGAGCUGUGUUCCGUGAAUCCUCCGUUAAAUAUGACAUUACUCAUCAAAUGUAACUCUGCAACUCUUCAACUGUUUUCUUUUUCAUGUACUUGUUCCAUUGUAAUUAUUUAUUUUUACUUAGGAAGCAUGUGCAUCUGUAUUUGAGGAUUUCAUUUUUAAUCUUGACAAUCAGGCUCAAAGGAAUGAAAAGUUUCAGGAGACUUAAAAGUGUGUUACAGUCCAGAGCUCAGAAAGGCCUGCUUUAUAAAAGCAGCAGCAUGCUCUGCAUUUGGACUGCAUUUAAGACGCCCCUUUAGCAAUAAAGGGAUGUUUAGGCGUGUGUCUGUAUCUCUAAUGUUGCCUGUGAUACCAAUCAAACAGCACUCACAGCAUUUUCACUAUCUCCUCCUUAAUAAGACAUAAGUACUUGUUAAUAAUAGUACUUAAAGAUUAAAUAAUCGGGGAACUCUUAGAGAAAAGCUUCCUGCAGUUUGCGUUGCCUAACCUUUACCUGUAUUGAAAAGAAGAAUUUGCUCACUUCCUGCUGCGAUUGACCUCCUGGCUGCUUAAACUCAUGCAUCCCACAUAUUAUCUGUCCCAGUAACAUCCUCCCAUUAAGCUUUUAUUAAUCAUUUAAGAUAUUUCCCCAGUAUUUGUUCAAAAUGUACAAAUGUUUAUAUAUAGUUUAUUGUGAAUGAUUGAAUGUUGUAUUGCGUAUAGUCCUCUUCAUCAUUUCAUCAGAUGAGAAAAAAAAAAAUGCUUCUUUGUCAGUCAGACAUUACCUCUGUUGAUUUAUAAAUAACAGAUACUGUAACACUUGAUAAGAUACACAGGGAAAUUAAUUUUUGCCUUAUUUUGUUCACGCCACGCUGCGUGACAGCGGAGAGGUUUUAGCUGGCAGGAUGUAUUUAAAAAAAAAACUGGAGGAUUCAAACUGAACACCUUUUCCUCACAGGAAGAGUGUUUGUGUAUAUUUAUUGAAGCGAGUUACGAUAUGCAAACGAUGUUUACAAUUCACAUCACUGAUGUGAAGGCAGCACUGUGAAUAUUUCAUGGACUUCUGAUUCUGUAUUUGAAGUCUUGUGCCCGUUACCCUACAUAGUUUUGUUUUUUUUGUUGUUGUUUUGUUUUUUUUUACUGAAGAGAAGUCGCUUUUUUACAUCAUCUGACAAAGAGAGAUCUAAAGAAUAUCUUUGUAGCUAUACUUUGGGAAGAGUCCACAUUUGUAUUAUAUUUACUUACCUAACCCAGAUGAAAAUCCUCAUGUGGUGCGAGUGUGCGUUUCUGCCGAUGGUUUUGGAAGCUUUGUAUAAACUGGAAGUUUUUAUAUCUUAUCACCUGGCUGUUUUUUUUUUUUUGU